UACGAGACCGGGAUAAUAUUUACUCUCUAUUUUAUCGCCAGUGUGUUGGCAGAUCUAUUAGGGGAAGCACAGUAGCUGCGUGGGUGUUGUGACAGUUAUUAGACAGCAAUAAAUCGCCGGAAAAAUGGACGACGACAGUAAUCACAGCAGUUUGAAGGUGGAAAAAUGCGGCGGGUCGGUUACGCCGUUUUCGAUUAACGAUAUUUUGAGUAAAAAAGUUGAGCAGAACGUUGAUAGAGACGAUGAUAGUGAUGUGCAGGAGUCUGCCUUGGAUAUGUCGAAAAACCAGAAGAUUUUAGAAGAUUCACUGUCGGACUUGUCGACCCUCGCUAGCGACUAUUCGUCGUGUCACCAAUCAGACGAUGCCGGCAGGGAUGCCAACCAACCUAACCGCAAGAAACGCUCGCGGGCCGCGUUCACACACGCGCAAGUCUUCGAACUCGAACGCAGAUUCAGUCAACAGCGAUAUCUCAGCGGUCCCGAAAGAGCCGAUCUGGCGGCGGCCCUCAAGCUGACAGAGACGCAAGUCAAAAUUUGGUAUCAAAACAGAAGGUACAAAACCAAACGGAAGCAGCUCCAAAUGCAAGAAUCCAGCCUCCUGAACCAAAGCGCAAAACGCGUAGCUGUAAAAGUACUAGUCAAAGACGAUAUCCCCGUUUUUCUACAACAGAAGAACCCAGUUUACCAAAAAACAAGUUACUACCCCGACCAAGCGAAGAACGACUUCUUUAUGGUUCAGAAAUACCCCAAAUCCAUCCAGGAAUCGAUGCUGAGUCUGUGUCAACAGUAUUCUAGUUCUAUACAACUGUUUCCUUAUUUUAAUUAUUAUCAUCCGUCGUUAGUUGGGAAUAUGAGCCAUCACGAAGAAGAGACGAAUGUAGAGAGUAGGGAAGAUCUUAAUUAGUGGAGAAGAUAUCACUUGUGGCACUGAAAUACUCACAAAAAUAUGCUUGAGAUACACAAAACAAUGUUAUAAAGUCAGUUAUUCAUUCAGGGUGGCAGUGAAUAAAAUUAAGAUAGCUAGGAUAUUAACCAACGGUCUGAAAGGACAUGGUACAUGAAGAAGAAGAAGUUAUUCGCGCUAGAUAACUUCUUCUUUUUCUUCUUAGCCUUCUAUGGUCCACUUUAUGGACAUAAGUCUCUCUCAACUCCUUCCAUCAAUCUCUAUCCUGAGCAACAUACUUCCAGUUGUUCCGACUAUUGUUUUUCUAUCAUCUACCCAUCUCAUCUCUUCCUAUUGGUCAUCUACCUUCGUACGAUCGUACGGUCUCCAAUGUUGUAUCAUGGCAUUAGAUCGUUGGCCUUUUUGUCUAGCAGUGUAGUCUGAGAAGCUCCAUUUGAGGUUAGCAAUUUUUGUUGUGAUAUCUUCGGCUUUUGUUUUUGAUCUUACUCAGUGGUUCCUCUUUUUAUCUGAUGUUCGUAUACCCAGCAUCGCUCUUUCCAUUGACCUUUCUGUCGUGGCUAGUUUAUUCAUAUUGGCCUUGGUUAGGGUAAAUCUUUGACAUCCAUAUGUUGUGAUAGGAAGGAUACACUGGUUGAACAAUCUGCGCUUCAAGUAUUGAGGUAUUUUGCAGUUUUUAAGUAUCCAACUAAAUUUACUAAAUCCUGUCCAUGCCAGUCUUGUUCUUUUAGUGAUUUCCGCACUUUGGUUCUUUUUAUCAAGUUUUACAAUUUGACCUAUAGGUAUUGAUGGACUUCUUUUAUCUCACUGCCAUUAUUUAUAGUUAUACGUCUGGGGUCGUCUGUGUUUGUCAUUGUUUUGGUUUCUGUCAUAUUCAUUUUUAGCCCGACGUAUUGUAAGCUGUCUGCGAGUUCCUUCAUCAUAAUUUGUAGUUAAAUAACAAAUCUGAUAUUCGCGCUAAAUAACAAAUCUGAAAAAUUUGUUAUUUUUUAGUAGUUUCUCUAUUAGUGGUUUCAAAAACAUUCUCUUCCUUCUUCUUCCAGAGAUAAGACACGUGUCUGCUUAUUUUGGCAUCAAAAUUCGUUCCAUUUGGGUUUGUAAUUUAGUAUUGUCUACUAGAUGUAAGAAAGUUAUAUAUGAUAAGUAAUCUCCUUUGAAAGGAAUUACAUGUUUUCCAGAGUAUUCUUUUAUUUCAUUCGAUAUAGCAUCCUUUUACAUUUAGGUGUUUGUUUCGUCAAUUAUCUCUUCGUUAGAGCUGAAUAUUUUUAUUUACGAGCCAUCUCUUCAGAUUUGGGAACACAUAAUCAGAGGAGGUCAAAUCAGGAGAAUAAGCUGCAUGAGAAAGCAAUUCAAGGCCAAUGUUUGCCAUUAUUAUAACGCUAUUGUGAGUUGGCAUUGCCUUGGAGAAUUAACACUUUUUUCUUCAGCUAUGGGGCCUCUCACAGUUUCUGCUUCAAUUUGUCCAUUAAUGCAAAAUAAUAUUGGAUAUUAAUGCUUUACCUUUUUCAAGGUUGUCAAUUGUGCCUUUGAAAUCCCAAAAUACAAUGAUUAUGAUCUUUCCAACUCAUUGAUCGACUUUUGGUCGCUUCGGAGCACUUUGGUCGCCUUCAGUCCACUGCCGUGCGUUUAUUCCGUCCUCUGUCUGGUGUAUAUAAGUAGAUCCUGGUUUCAUUAACUGUUACCUAUCGAUGCCAAAAGUCCGACGGAUUGCUCUUCAUAUGGUCUAAACACUGCUGAGAAGUGGUCAUACGAUCAUCUUAUGGUCAAUCGUUUUUUUGGUCAGCUGGUUUUUAAAACAAGGUCAGCUGGUUAUAAUUGAUGUCUAAUUAAAAAUUUAAUAUCUAAUUAAAAAAGGGUUUCCCUGUUUAAUUUCCAUGUGAAUUUGAGAGAGAAAAUAGUAUUUUUAAAAGUGUUUUAAAAACAAUAUGGCUGACUAAUGAAAGUUAGAUAAGCAGAAGUGACGUGAAAUUAAAAAUUCAUGACUGUAUUUGAACUACUGUAUUUUGUAAAAUGUUUUUGGUAUCUCAAGUCUGAUUUAAAUACAAUUGUUACCUUAAUUUAAGCACUAGGAUCUCGUAGAUAUAAACAAACCAUUACAAUAUUGUUUUUAUACAAACGUUUUUACGCAAAAUGUUGAAAAUGCACAAUUUAAGGUACCUAGUAUCAGCUGUCCAAGAGACUCAUUAAUAUUCAGCUCAGCGGGGUGCUAUUGUUGGAGGUGUGGAAUUACAUAAACAAGGGAUCUACCUGUUUUAUGAAAUAAUCCCUUGUUUAUGUAAUUUCACACCUCCAGCAAUAGCAUCCCGCUAAGGUGAAUAUAUUAUGAGUCUUUUAGAUAUGGUACGGGCAUAACCACUCACGAAAACUAUUUUUGGUACGUUAUCUAAAGAUAUUCGUCUUUUUUUGCUUCCAAAAUCAAUAAUUUGACAAAACUAAGUACAUAUUCAAGUAUUACUUGUAAUGUUGUUUUCACUGAUUUUUUGUAAACAGUAAAAUUAUUUUAGUACCGAAUAUUUUUAUUUGUAUAAAUUGUAUAAUAUGUAUAUACUUUUUUGUUUUUAUAGUGUUUAGAUAUUAAAAAAUCACCUCUAUUUGCACAUUUAUGUAAUAAAAUAG